AGCACUUGUCAAGCAGGCACGGUGCGUCUCUCAACUUUCCCAGUAAGAAAGAAGAGAAGAAACUUCACGGUCUGUUUGCAGCCAGUGAUGCUCCUGUAAUCAGGAGGAGCUCCUAGAUGUGGGAGAAGAGGGACAAAGGAUCGGAGAGCGCAUCAGAGUCGGAUGCUAUGGAUUGCCGCUAUGGAUAGGAGGGAGCAGUGCUGCGAUCAAGCAGUUCACUAGCAGCCAGAGCAGUUUUCCAGCACGGCUGAAAGAAGCAGAUGUUCCUGCUGGCAGAAUCCCAGUAUGGAAACGGCGCUGGAAACUGAGCCUCAACUUCUCUCCCCCUGACCUUCCAUGGCACUUCUGGGUCAGGAACCAAUGGGGGCUUCAGAUCUGCAAACCCUCCGCAUCUUGCAAAACUGAGAAAGCGGGCUGUUCAUCUGGACCCAUCAGGCCAUUUUUUUCUAAAUGACUGUGGCCACCAUGGGUAGUCAUGAGGGCUACACCGUCCAAGCCACUGCUGCAAUUGCCGCUGUCAUCACUUUCCUCAUUCUCUUCACCAUCUUUGGCAACAUCCUGGUGAUCAUCGCCGUGCUGACCAGCAGGUCUCUGAGAGCCCCACAGAACCUCUUCCUGGUAUCCCUGGCGGCUGCAGACAUAUUGGUGGCAACUCUCAUCAUUCCGUUCUCCCUUGCCAAUGAGCUGAUGGGCUAUUGGUACUUUGGCAGGACUUGGUGCAAGGCCUACUUGGCACUGGAUGUUCUCUUCUGCACAGCCUCCAUCGUACAUCUCUGUGCUAUCAGCCUGGACCGCUACUGGUCUGUCAGCCGGGCCAUUGAGUACAAUUCCAAGAGGACACCGAGGAGAAUCAAGUGCACCAUUCUUGUGGUGUGGUUGAUUGCAGCUGUCAUCUCUCUGCCUCCCCUGGUUCUCAAUGAAAACCCAAAGAAUGCAAAGGAAGAAGAAAGGAAGUGUGAACUGAACGAGGAGCCGUGGUAUAUCCUUUCCUCCAGCACCUGCUCUUUUUUUGCUCCCUGUGUCAUCAUGAUCUUGGUGUACCUUCGGAUCUACUUCAUCGCCAAGCGUCGAAGCAGGCAAGGGUCUAGAGCAAAGAAGCUGAAGGUAAAAGUGGAUGAAGGGCUUCCUCAAAUUGUCACUGGCCCACCCAAUGAAGCAUCCCCCAAGCAGAAUCAGCCAGAAAGGGAACUCAAUGGCCAUCAGUUACCUAUCCAAGAAGGGGACGUACCAGACACCCAUAUUCUCUCUACCAAAAGGAUUUCUCUUGUGAGUCAGGAGGAAAAGCCCCCCGAGUCAGCAACUGCCACCAGCCCUUCUGAGCCCCAGUCAGAGAAGAAACCAUCUUUGGGAUCCAGUCCUCUGGAAUGCUCUCCUCAUAACAGUGUGAAGCAGAGCAAUGGUACCCCACAGAGGUCGCAGAAGGGUAUGGACACCAUGGCCACUGCCAGCGGGGAGGUUGUACUGGUGAGGAGGGCCCUCAGCACCAACCCUUGGAAGAAGAAGACACACCUGAACCGAGAGAAGAGGUUUACUUUUGUUCUUGCGGUGGUGAUUGGGGUCUUUGUCAUUUGCUGGUUCCCUUUCUUCUUCCUCUACAGCCUCAGGGCCAUCUGCCCCAUGAAGCACUGUCAUAUCCCAGACAGCACGUUCACGUUUUUCUUCUGGAUUGGCUACUGCAAUAGCUCCUUGAACCCUGUCAUAUACACCAUCUUCAACCAGGACUUUCGCAAGGCAUUCCGGAAGAUUCUUUGCAGACAGUGGACUCAGACUGCCUGGUGAGAUGCUAAAACAGAAAGAGAGACCAAGAACAGUUAGAGGUGCUCGAAGGACCCAGUUGUGCUAUUUAAAUAAACAAUCUAUUUAUUUGUUGGCUUUUGUGUUUGCAGAAA